AUGAGGAAAGAUAAUCAGAGCAGCACCUCCGAGUUCCUCCUCCUGGGGCUCCCCAUCCGGCCAGGGCAGCAGGGCGUGUUCUUCACCCUGUUCCUGGGCGUGUACCUGACCACGGUCCUGGGCAACCUGCUCAUCAUCCUGCUCAUCAGGCUGGACUCUCGCCUGCACACGCCCAUGUACUUCUUCCUCAGCCACUUGGCCCUCACUGACAUCUCCUUCUCAUCUGUCACUGUCCCAAAGAUGCUGAUGAACAUACAAACCCAGAAAUUAUCCAUCACCUAUGAAGGCUGCAUUUCCCAGACAUAUUUUUUCAUAUUCUUUGUUGAUCUGGACAGUUUCUUGAUCACGGCAAUGGCUUAUGACAGGUAUGCAGCCAUCUGUCACCCUCUGCAGUACACCACCAUCAUGAGUCAAAGUGUUUGUGUCAUGCUGGUGGCUGGGUCCUGGGUCAUUGCUUCUGCUUGUGCUCUUUUGCAUACCCUCCUCCUAGCCCGGCUGUCCUUCUGUGCUGACCGCACUGUCCCUCAUUUCUUCUGUGACCUUGGUGCCCUGCUCAAGCUCUCCUGCUCAGACACUUCCCUCAACCAACUGGUAAUCUUUACAGUGGGAUUAACAGCCAUCAUGCUUCCAUUCUUAUGCAUCUUGGUUUCUUAUGGCCAUAUUGGGACCAGCAUCCUCAGAGUUCCCUGUACGAGGGGCAUCUGUAAAGCCUUGUCCACGUGUGGAUCUCAUCUCUCAGUAGUGACUCUUUACUAUGGGGCAAUUAUUGGCCUAUAUUUUCUUCCUUCACCCAGUGACACCCAUGACAACAUAAUUGCUUCAUUGAUGUACACAGUGGUAACUCCCAUGCUGAACCCUUUUAUUUAUAGCCUGAGAAAUAAAGACAUGAAAGGGGCCUUGAGAAAAUUCUUGCAUAAGAAAAUUCAUUCUUCCAACUAA